UAAAAGUGUCUGCUUGGCUCAAAACGACAUCCGGCCCGUUCUUCCUUCGGUCCCCGGUCCCCGGUUUCAUUUCACCCACCCGUAAUCUUUGAAUGGCUGCGGAAGGAAAAUGAUGUCAGCCACAUGUCGUAAUUUGCGUGAGACGAGGGGACAUGGGUUUCCCCCGGUCCGGGAACCAGGAGACCAACGCACACACCGCGAACCCAACUGAAUCGCAUAUAUAGUAUCUGUUCAUUAUGCAGGGCGAAACGCGUGCUCGGCGAGAUAAGAAGUCCGGGGGAAUAUGCCGUGGGUUAAUUGCCGACGGGAAGUCGGAGUCCAACGGAGGCCUUGAACUUUAAGUCAUCUAUCUGUUGAUCUCCAAACGAUACGAAGUGAAAUUAACAAAUUAAUUGCAUUAACAUAAAAUGGUUUUAUGAAUGUGGCGCUUGAGGGCUGGAAUCGAGCCAGAAUCUUCGAGCGGCUUUCGGCAAAAACCCUUGAGUCUGAGUGAGGAGUUCCGCUGGCAAAGAUUUGGCCUAAAACAUCAUUCACCCCACGACUUUCUACGAUCGCAGUGGCAGUCGAAACCGAAAUCUCCAUAUUUUCUAACCUAUCGCUGGCUUUUAGUCGGCUUCUUUGGCACUGGCGUGAUUAGUUAUACAAUUAAGUAUUAUCACAACGGCCUUUGUUUCAUCUAUUUGACCAACUGGGGAUUUAUCUUGUGCGGCAUUACGAGCCUUACUGGUGCCAUACUAGUGUCAGUCUAUCACUGCAAGCCGGAAACGUGGGUUCCACCCAGCUGUUUGAUCAAGACUUAUUGGGCCUGCUACUGGACUAAUUUGCCACUGGCUUGUUUGAUUGCAAUUACUUACUGGCGAGCCAUUUAUCCCAACGAUCGGUUGCCAACCAAUUUGGCUAGGGUAUCCGGUCUCUAUAACAUAUGGACACACUUAUUGCCGCCUACUUUCUUCACAAUCGAUCAUUUUGUAGUAGCGCAGCCAGCACGUCUGCUGCACUUUGUCUAUCCAGUGGCCUUCGGCUUGUCUUACGGCGUGUUCACUUUAAUAUAUUAUUCACUGGGUGGCCGUAACAUAAACGGAAGGCACUAUAUAUAUUCUUUCCUGGACUAUGAAAAGCCGAAAAUAGUUUGUGGAACCGUGGCCGGACUGAGCUUGAUGAUGGUGUCCUUGUGCACCCUGCAAUAUGGAGGCUAUCGGCUAAGAACUUUCAUAGCACGCAAGUGGGGAAAACUUCAGUGAAUGUUAGUAUAAGGCGUGCAAAAAAUUUAAAAAUACAAAUAAAAGCAA